AUUGGGUGGGGCCGUUUUCCAAGAAGUCGCACCCAGUCCCGACACCUUAAUUUAUGUAUAGGUAUGUCAUGUUGAGCUUGUUGAUCGUGAUCACCGGGACACUGGUGGUGGGUGCUGUAGGCAGUUGCCCGAUAUGCAGAAGCCUUCCCGGCGACGCGGGCUGGCCAACGGUGGCUGAUUGGGACAACCUCAACCACACUGUCGGCGGGCGGUUGAUUGCUACGAUCCCCGAGGCCAGCGUUUGUCAUACUGAGCCAUACCACAACCACAACGCGACCGCAUGCGCCGCUCUCAAGCCGCUGUGGGACUUUCCACAGGCCCAUUUCGCUCCGCCUGCUGAAUUCGGGUCUGGCUGGUUCCAAAAUGGCUCAUGCGAUCCUUUCACGCCUGCGUUGAAGCUGUGCGAACUUGGGAACUAUGUCAGCUAUGCCAUCAACGUCACCGGCGUCGACGAUGUUGUUGCCGGCAUCAGCUUUUCGAAAAAGAAAAACAUCCGGCUGGUCAUCAAAAACACAGGCCAUGACGUCCUUGGGAAAUCGACUGGCAAAGGAGGUCUAUCUCUUUGGACAUUCAACAUGAAGUCGACCGAGAUUAUCCCGUCUUAUAGCAGCUCGUAUUACAAAGGGCCAGCAAUCAAGCUCGGUGCCGGCACCAUGGCCGAGGAGGCGUACGUUGUAGCCGACAGCGCAGGAUACCGUCUCGUUGGGGGUAGCUGCCCUACUGUGGGCAUCUCCGGCGGUUAUUCCCAAGGAGGGGGUCACUCGCCUCUCAGCGGCAUCUACGGCCUGUCGGCCGACAACGUGUUGGAGUGGGAAGUGGUGACGGCGAACGGAGACCACCUCGUCGCCACGCCAAAGAAGAACGCCGACCUCUACUGGGCGCUUAGCGGCGGUGGCGGCGGUAGCUUCGGCGUCGUCUUGAGCAUGACCACCAGACUAUACGCCGAUGGGGAGGUGGGGGGUGCCGUCCUAGCCUUCAAUGACACAUCCGUGGGGAAUGCCGCGUUCUGGGAUGCCGUCAGUGCUUUCCACGCAGCCCUGCCCCCUAUUCUCGCCGGCGGUACCACGAUCUCGUACGGGAUGACGUACCAUUCCUUCACCACCUACAGUGUCACGGCACCCAGCAGCAGCGAGGGCGAAGUCGCCGAUGUUUUCUCCUCCUUCCUCGCCGACCUCGACCAACGCGGCAUGCCCUACACGUUCUCGACGCACACGUCGCCGACCUACCUGACCCACUUCGCGCGCGACUUCGGACCACUCCCCUACGGCACCUUCACUGUCUCGCAGCUCGUGACAAGCCGCCUUAUCCCACGCAGCGUGGUGCUCGACCCCGCAAGGAACGACGCCGUGACGCAGAUCCUACGCAACGCGACGGCCAGCGGCGACAACUAUGUCCUGUGCCAGUCGCUGGACGUCGACAACAGCACGCAGGCGCAGGCUCGGGGGGUCCGCACGCGCCCCGUAGCGCACAACGCCGUCCUGCCUGCGUGGCGAGACGCCGCCUCGCACUGCCUCAUCAUCGCGGCGUGGGACUGGACGGUGCCGCGGUCCGUCAUGGCGGAACGGGAGGCCGUGCUGGUUGGGAAGAUCACGCCGGCCCUGGAGGCUGCCACCCCGGGGUCGGGCACGUACUUGAACGAGGCGAACUUCGCGCAGGUGGGCUGGCAGGCGCAGUUCUACGGGGCGAACUACCCGAGGCUGCUGCGCGUCAAGGCCGAGCACGACCCCGAUGGCGUGUUCUACGCCGCCACGGCAGUCGGGAGCGAAGCGUGGGUUGCCGACGGCAGCGGGCGGCUCUGCAGGGCCGCCGCUUAGCCGGAGUCGGGGAACGGGGAUUUGCAUGCCUAGGUGGGUGGGCAGCCACAUCGUGGGGAGAGGAGAGAGGGAAAAUAACACAAUCAAGAGGAGGAAAUUAGGAUGAGGAUGGUGUCCCGCUCAAAACCUUGAUCGUUGCCACGGUAACGGAUUCGUCUGUUUU